CUCGCACACGCAAUCAAGAGAAGCGAGCUUUGGCACACAAUGUUAUCUCAGUGUGAGGUCGCCGUAAUACCAAACUUUCAACAGCAUACUCAGUGAACCGAGUGAACCAAACAUUUUCAUCGAUUAUUCGCUAAAAUGUGCUGCCAAGAAUCUCAAAUGCCCACGGAACCCUGCAUCUUCAAGAGUCCGUUGGACAGGGACAUUAGUAAGCUGCCAGAAUGUCCGAUCUACGACUUUCUGUAUCAAAAGAUAAUAGAGCGAGGAAUGGAUAAAACCGACAAGCCUUGGGUGGUGGACACUUCCACUGGGACUACUGUCUACUUCAAGGACAUCGACCCUCACUCAAGGAACGUUGGAAGCGCCCUGACCCGCCUGGGAUUUAAAAACAGGGACAUCCUUUACUUUGUCACCUAUGAAACAUCCGUACUCUACCUCAUCCAGUUAGGAAUUUGGAGGAUCGGUGGAGGAGCGCGUGGAGGAUUUCAAGGCGAAGCUCCUGAGGAAUUUGCUCGGCAAAUGAGGGAGUCGAAAUCUCGGUUUGUGCUCGUGGACAAGGAGACAUAUUCCAAGAUGUUGGAGGCAGUCAAACUGCUAUCUUGGCCGGUUACUGUUAUCUCCUUUGAUGAUGUUGGCAAUCCAGAUGUGGUCUUGGUAACGUCACUGAUCGAGGACGACGGCACUGCCUUGCCGGAGAAAGUGGACAUCAAGCCAAAGGAAAACAUUAUUUGCAUUCCUAACACCAGUGGUAGCACCGGGCUGCCAAAAGGCGUUUGCCACACGCACUUUAGUUUCACCACCCUUAACUUUGAUCCAAAAGCGGUUGAUGUGUUCAGUGGACCUUUCAUGACUCCAAUGAGCAAUUACGCCAAUGGCAGCUACAUGGUCACCUGCAGCUCGAUCUAUUACGGCAGUACAGUCUUCCACCUUGGGAAAUUCCAAAAGGAAAGCUACUUUGAUGUGAUGGCCAAGUAUAAACCCGGCAACGUCCUGAUGUACCCGUUUGUUGCCAACUGGUUUGCGCGCUGUGACGAUUUCGAAAAAUAUGAUUUGAGUUUUCUCAAACUCAUCACCAUCGUGGGAUCGGUGCUGGAUCCAACCACUGCGAAGUUGAUCAAUCAGAAAUUGCCAGGCGCAAAGAUUGUCCAGUUCUAUGGCAUGACAGAAGUGAUCAACGUUUCUAACACCCAAGUGGACGACCCAGAAAACGAGUUUAUAAAUAAAAACCUCGCUUCCAAGGAGAAUAUGGGAGAGCUGUGCGUUACUUCAGGGAAACUAGUGCCAUAUGUGGAGGCUAAAAUUUUGGACGUGAACACAGGUAACACCCUGGGGCCGAACGAAAGAGGCGAACUCUACGUCAAAACGCCAAUGCUCAUGAAAGGCUAUCUCAGAGAGGGACAUGAAAUGCCUGUUCUAGAGGAUGUAACUGAGGAUGGAUUUUUCAAAACCGGAGACAUCGCCUUCUUUGACGAAAACUCGAACAUUUACAUCUUGGAAAGGACCAGUUUCCUGUUCAAGUAUUACAUGUUCAUUGUAUCACCGACCGAAAUAGAGACAUGUAUCAAACAACACCCCGACGUGCUGGAAGUAGGGGUGGUCGACAUCCCUAACCCUGAGUGCACAAGCGUAGCCAGGGCCUUCAUCCGCAAAAAGCCCAACUCUAAGUGCACGGAAGCGGAUCUCGUCAAGUUUGUUGCUGACCGGCUGCCUGAGCACAAACAAUUGCACGGCGGGGUGCAGUUUGUAGACAAAUUACCUGAAAGCAAGGGAAACAAACUGGAUAGAAAUGCGCUCAAGAAAAUGGCACUUACCUCAUAAAAUGUUGAAUAGCCAUAUUUCACAAAAAAUUCCAACAAAGUUUUGAUCUAGUGUCCUAGAGAGAUUCAUUUUUUAUGCAGAAGAGAGAGUUGCAACUGAAAUAAUAAAAUGAGAAAAAUAAAAAAAAUCCAAUUUUCGGUUCAGAAGGUAUGACAUACGACAGAGACAUUAAUAUCUUACUUAAGUGAUCAACAAAAUCGAGUAUUUAUCUGACGUUAAGAAUCGUUUCAUCUAACAAAACAAUCAAAAAUUCCUUUUGCCUGAUUGUGCUUAUCAUUACUCUUGCCGUUUCAAUAUAAUAUCAUUGUUGUACAAAGUGCUGGUUAUUAUCUGGUGGGAACUAUAGUUUGAACUAUAAGUGUGUAUACUCUAGACAUAAUAUAUAUUAAUUACGAAAGUAAUAAUGGAGCUAAUCUUAAUGUAAUACAAAAUAUUGAUAACUGUCUGACUCGCGUGGUCUGGCAAUUAAAGGCUUCUGAUCAAACACAUAUUAUUCAAGACUUAAAAUUAGUCCCCAAUUUUAUUAGGAAAUGCACGAGAUAUAAUAUUAUGUAAAAUAUUGUUGCAAUAACUAUGGUGAUCAAUAAUUAUCAUAAUAAUACAAUUUUAGGAAUCAAAUAAUAAACGUUUUUAAUGUUGUUUUACCGAGGAGUUGAUUGGCCCUUUCUUGUUGAAAAUUUUUGAAAUAAAUAGAGAACAAUUUAAUAUUUUAGCAAAA